AUGGCACCCAGCAUCUUCAUCGCGAUCGCCGGCGGCGCCGCGUCAGGCAAGAAGACCGUGCAAGCCGCCCUAAAAUCCACGUUGCUAUCUCUACACACGGGGUCAGCAGACACACUCACGAUCGAGACGCUUCACCAGCGUGACUUCCGGCACGCAUCCUCCAGCACCGCGCUCGAUCCCGACAGCCUCGAAACCUACGACCUCGACCUUUUGGCCACACACAUCUCUUGCUCUACCAGCACGGUAGUAAUCGCGGAGGGCACGUACCUUCUAACACACCCCGGGCUGUUAUCGCUCGCGACCGUGAAAGUAUUUGUCGACAGCGACGCAGACGUGCGGUUGGCGCGGCGGGUGCUGUCGCUCCCCGCCACGGAGCUGCAGGAGACGCUGAAGGCGCACGUCGCGUUCGGGAAGCGCAACUACGAGGCGGUCGUCGCGCCCACGAAACAGGUCGCCGAUAUCAUACUCCCCGAUGGCGGCGGGAGGGAGGGCGAAACUAGGAAUGGCGUGUUGCUUAUUGCCGGGGGAGUUAUGGAUGAUAUUGUCAAAGUUGUGGGCGCCAGGGCGGGGUUGGUGGGUAGGGCGAAGAGCUAUGAGGGGAAGGAGGCGAAGGAGGCGAAGGGCGUGCUGUGUGAGGCGGAUCUGACGAUGGGGAUGCCGACGUACUAUGAGACUGUGUAG